CCGCUGUAAGCUCCUUCCUUUUGUCCGCCAUAAGCAAACUUCCAACUCCAUCCACGCCUCUUUCAGCAUCACCACUCCACAUCUUCCCUACGACGUGGAUGAGCUAUCACAAAUGGAAGAUCGCCACCUGCCAGCGGAGGCGACGAGCAGAAGAAGUUCGUCUUCGAGAAACAAAGUCCCUAGCAAACCGACAGCGACGGAGACCCACCAGCAGAGGCAACCUACUACACCGCCGACUGAAGCCAUGGAAACUGGUGAUGUAGCUUCGGGUAAACGAUUCUUCCCUGAGGUUCUGGGCUUUAUGCAGCUUGCCAUAGAUCAGCUUGCUUUGGACAGCCUUGAAGUUCAAGUUGACUGUGUGAUUGUUGAGGAAGGGCACCUUAUUGCGGCAAGAAGAAACAGGACUAAUGAGACACAGAAUGCAAGAAGACGUGCAGAAAUGGAAGCUCACUGAUGUUCUUCUUGAACGGUGGCGGAGGACUGGACUUUCGUCUGCAGAAGUUGCAGAGAAAUUUUCAGCGUGCUCCCUUUAGGUUUCAUGUGAAGUACGCAUAAUGUGUGCAGCAGCAUUAUCGAUCAUUGGUACAUUUGUUGGUUUUCAUACUGAAAUUAAAUUUAGUUUGUGUAAAGUUUUGUUUGUUCAUAAAUGUUUGGAUGACUGUUAGCCAAUUUUCAGUAUAAAAGGAAGUAUAUUAUGGCUGUGCAAAUGAUAAAUUUGGAGUCUGUUGCAUUGAAGUAGCUCCGGGGCAUGCAUUAGAUCAGUU